AUGGAUAACGCUAUUAGAGGGCAGUGUUUGUGCGGUCAGUGCACAUGCCACCCACCCGGAGAUAAACGCGUACAUGGCAAGAACUGUGAGUGUGACGACAGGCAGUGUGAGGACCUGAACAGAGAUAUCUGUGGAGGCCACGGCUUCUGCUCGUGUGGCCGCUGUAUCUGCAGUGAUAGAUGGUUUGGGAAGCACUGCCAGUUCCCCCGCAGCUGUGACAUGACGGACGAGCAGAGCAAGAGCCUGUGUGAGAUGGCCGACGGCGUCAUAUGCUCUGGAAAAGGCUCUUGUCACUGUGGUCGCUGUAUCUGCUCACCACAGGAGUGGUACAUUUCAGGGGAAUUCUGCGAGUGUGAUGACAGGGAGUGCGACAAACAUGAUGGGCUGGUUUGCACAGGGAACGGUGUGUGCAACUGCGGAAAUUGUGACUGCUGGGAUGGCUGGACAGGAAACGCCUGUGAAAUCUGGGUUGGAGAGAGGUAUUAACCCCUGGUAGACACUUGAUUUUGUUGUCAAUCAAGACAAGAAAAGGGCGGCUGCACCAACAGCGAACAAGGAUUUUAAAUUGAUUUUAGAGAUCUGUGCAAUAUAACCGCAUUCAAAUUUUCUUAAUUAAAGCAAUGUGGUUUCAGUUCCAUUAUAUGCACAUAAAACAGCUGUGGGAGACG